GAUACAGUAACAUCGUGAAUAAAUUUAAUAUCUCUUGACAAAGCGGUGUUAGACAUAUUAUUCCUACAAAAUUGCUCAUUGCGGUAAACUCUUUUAUUUUAAUUAAUAUAUAUAGAUUAUUUUACAGAUUCCAUUCAGAAUUACAUUAAUAUGAUAUCCCGAAAAAUUUUAUUAUAUGGCGGAUUAGUAUUAUUCGCUACGAUAACUGUUACUCUUUCUUGCCGUUCUGUUGGUGUCGAUUUUAUCAAACCUAACUUCACAAUUACUAAUAAUACGAAAUAUGAAAAAAUAGCUAACAAUACGAAAUAUGCACAAAUAUCUGACAAUACGGAUUAUGAACAAAUUGCUAACGAUAUGGAAUAUGAACAAAUUGGUGACAAUACGAAAUAUAAAAGAAGAACUAGGAAUACGGAUUAUGAACGGAUUGCUAACAAUACGGAAUAUGAACAAAUUGGUGACAAUACGAAAUAUGAAAAAAGAGCUAACGAUACGGAUUAUGAACGGAUUGCUAACAAUAGGAAAUAUAAUACGAAAUAUACGCCGAUUAAUGAUAAUUUGUCGAUUAUAGUACCGUUGCAUUAUAAUAGCGAAAUACGAUUUUUCUUCGAGGACAAUAUUUUAUUUGGUCAUUGCAAUAUUAUUAUAAACAUUAGCCAACCAUUGAAAUCUAUAACGAUGUACUCGGUAUCUGUUUAUGUAAUGGACGCGAUCUUGAUUGAUGGUAAAAAUGAAACGGUGUAUAAACUAUUUAGUUCAUCCUUCAACAAAGAAAAAAACAUUCUUACUCUUAAUUUUAACCGCUUAUUACAUCAUAUUUUUCCUGAUACAUUCACUUUAAAGAUGACAUAUAUACGUAUUAUGUAUGAAAACAGAAAAAGUUUCGUCAGAUCUGCAUAUCAAGAAAAACCAGAAGAUCAAAUGUUGGACCAAACAGGUGUUGAGGUAAUGAAGGCUCGACAACUAUUUCCGUGCGAAGACGAGAUAAUCAUCAAUUCCACAUUUAAAAUUGCCAUCAAACAUGAUGAAAAAUAUACAAUUUUAUUGAAUAUUCCUAUAAGAGCACAAAGUAAAACUGACGGUGGCAUGAUGUGGACUGACUUUGACGAAUCAUCAAUGUCUGCCCAACAGAUAUCGAUUGUGAUAACCACAUUUACUGCUGUUUCUAGUCAGCUCCCAAAUGUUACCGUGUGGUGCAGACAAAGUGCUGCAAAACAUGUUCUUUAUGCAAUAAAUGUUAUCGAAGAGGUUCUACCUUAUUUUAAACAAAAAUACUUGGCGGAAUUAUCAAAAUUGGAUAUUGUUGCAUUGUGGCAUCCUCAAGACGAUGUUCAUGCCGUUACGACACUGGGACUCGUUCUGUUGAGAGAAGUAGAUAUUAUUUAUAAUGAAGCCGUGGAUCCCGCUGCACGCCAAGGGGAAGUUACACACAUGAUCGCGCGUGCAUUGGUAUUUCUUUGGUGUAAUAAUGCGUUACUUUGGUCAGAAGAAGGUUUUGCUACAUUUUUCGCAGCGUAUAUCUUGGAUGAGGUAUACCAAAAUAAUAACAUGAUGGAUUUACUGGUUGUACAAGCACAACAAGAUUCUUUUCGUUACGACACUUCUUCUGUAGACUUUGCAACAUUGAACAGGACAAACACCUCUGAAGUCAAAUCAUUAGGAUCUCUAAAUUAUGUGAAAUCAUUCAUAGUGUGGCGCAUGUUAUACCAUGUAAUUCCUGAUAUAUUUUGGAAUGGUAUCCGUACAUAUAUAGACAAGUGCCGUAUUUAUUCAAACAAAACAACACUAGAUGAUUUAUGGACCAUUAUGCAAACUAUUCACAAAGAAACAUAUCCACAAAAUAUGCUCAGUUCUCAUUUAAAACAGAUAAUACAAAGUUGGAUAUCGAAAGAAUAUUAUCCUCUUUUAAACGUAACACAAAAUUACUGGAAUGUGACUUUAGCGAUAGACAUUCAAUCUUUCUAUCCACAUUUAGUUAAUGAUAACAUAAAAACUUGGAUACCUGUAACAUUAACGACGCAAUCGUCUCUUAAUUUUGACAAUACUGAUGAUUCUUUGUUUUGGCUAACCACGGAAAAAUUAGAGCACCCAAUUUUAGGCAUUGACAAAAGCGAUUGGAUUGUACUCAACAUACAACAAACUGGAUACUAUCGCGUCCAAUAUGAUUUACAAAACUGGCACAAACUUGUACGCUACUUAAACUCUGAACAUUAUAACAAAGUACAUAUUCUUAAUCGUGCUCAAAUGAUCGAUGACGCAUUCUACUUUUUUUUACAAAGCCAACUCAAUUACGAGGUAUUUUGGAAUCUUACAAAUGUCGUACACCGAGACACAAAUUUUGUUACAUGGUAUCCCCUGAUUAAAGCUUUUGAAAAGAUGACGUGUAUAUUUCCAUUUGGCUUUGCGUUUCAUACAGAAUAUAAUGCAUUGACACAGGAGAAAAUAAAGGAAAGAAUAGAUGGACUUCUUUCAAAAAUAGGAUACUAUGAAGAACCAACAGAACAUACUCUUACCACAUAUUUAAGACAAGAAGCUAUAAAAUGGGCAUGUAUCCUCGAUAUUUUUGAGUGUCGAAGGACAGCUGCAACAGAAUUAAGCAUAGUGCUUGAAAAUUCUGUAGAAAACAGUUAUUUGAGGAAUGAGGAAUGGAUAUACUGUUAUGGUGUAACAACAGCAAGCCACGAUAUUUGGUACAAGAUAUGGGAGAAAUGGAAUGCAACAUCUGAUGAAAGAUUUUUACAAUAUCUAACUUGUUCUAAAGAUUCUACUAUUCUUUGCGAUUUUUUGAAAAUAACAGUAUUGAAAGAAAUUCGGUCUAAUGAAAGCAAACAAAGCAGUAAGCUUGCUAAUACAUUUCUUCUUGUUAUUGCGAAAAAUGCACAAAGAGAUGCAAUGCAAUCUUGUUUUUUCGAAAUUUUUAAAAAUUUUACACUCAGCUCAAAUAGGAGAAAUGACUUAAUUGCAACAUUAAUUGUAAUUAUCACACAUAUGCACAGGGAAGAUCACAUGGCAGAGAUAAUUAAAUUGGCAACACGUAUUCUGAAAGAAGAACUUAAAAGUAUUAAAGAGAAGCUAAAGAAACGAAGAUUGGAAUUCGGAAGACUAGUCAAAAACUACGGGUACUACUUCAGUUUAUAGCAAAACAUUUAAAUCAAUGGAAGACAACAAAUUCACUUGCUGCUCACAUACAAUUAUAUAUCGAUAAUUGUUAUAAUUUCUUUCUUAAUUUUUAUCACAUAUCUGUGUACUUAUUAAAAUU